CGGUUCAACUUUACAACUUUAAUAAGACACAUCUAAUUUCUCCAUUAACUCACUCAUUGACUCAUGGCAGACACGGCAAAGGACUUUCGCACUACAUUUGAUGCUGAAAAACAAAAUAUUGAAGAAAGCCUUACAAGACUAGACCAAGUCCCAAAGGCUGAUAUGCAAGUGGCUAUUGAUAAUCUUGUCCAACGAAUCCAUAUCCUUGAAAAGACGGUGACAGAAAAAAUCAGUGUCCUACCACCAUACGAUGCCAGGGUGUGUAUGGAGGCAAUCAAAUCCUUGUCAGAGCGACUGAACCAAUUGCGCACAACACUCGUUCCCAAACCAAAGUUUUCAUUCAAGUCAAGAAAGGCUUCUUCAUCAACAACAACAGUAACUGCGGCUUCAUCUUCGCCAGCCUCUUUGCCAAAGGCAACGGAAACCCCCAGAUCUUCCUCAUUGGUUGACCAGAGCUUGUUUAUGAAGUUUGAGGAUCGGACAGGCGAACAUUUGUUUAUUGGAUCACUUCCUAUGUCCGACGAUUCGUCCAAGGAUGGAGUAGAAAGGGGAACGACUACAGUUGCGAAGGAUGUUGCAUUAACAAAUCUGACGGAUUGCACAGUCAAUCUGGUCCACAACAUCCCUUUGGGCGCGAUCCACAUUAAAAACCUGAAGCGCUGUGUCUUGGUCAUUCCUCCGGUUUCCGGAAGUAUUUUGUUGCAUGAUUGUGAAGGAUGCACAUUGAUAGGUGCUUGUCAUCAGUCUCGUAUGCACACGUCCAAAAACAUGGAUAUUUACCUUCAUGUGACAAGUGAACCGAUUAUCGAGGACUGCAACGAUAUGCGGUUUGCGCCGUAUGGGCAAAUCCUACCCGUGGAUGAGCUUAAAAGAUUAUUUGAGGCUGCCAAUCUGAAUCCUACCAAGAAUUACUAUGACAGGGUUAAGGAUUUUAACUGGCUACGACAGCAACAGUCGCCUAACUGGCGUUUGAUGGAAGCAAAUGAGAUCCAGCCAGCAAUUGCUCAACAGGUUCUGGCAAAGGAUCGACAACUUUAGAACUUCAUUUUCAUUUUAGAUUAGAUUAAAUUUCUGUGGUCAAUUAACAAUUCCCACCGUCACAUUUGCAUCAUAUACAUUUCAGAUAAAUAAAG